AUGGAUCUGGCUGCCUACGAUGCACUGUCCCCAGCCGAACAGGCAGCACACGAUGCCUCGCAGCGGGACAAGGAAGCUCAGGAGCAAGCCGCUCUGCCUUACAGAUGGACGCAGGCUCUGGACCAUGUCGCAUUGAACUUUCCCGUCGAGCAGGGCACAAAAGCCAAAACACUCGACGUCAAGAUCAAGAAGAAGGGCUUGAGCAUUGCUCGGAAGGGUGGUGAGGUGUUGCUAGAGGGGGAGUUUCCGAAGGAGGUCAAGCUGGAGGACAGCGUUUGGUCCCUGGAGGACUCUUGUCUCAUCUCCAUCCAUCUUGAAAAGUCCAACGCGUCAGAAUGGUGGCCGCAUGUCUUCACAAAGGACCCCAAGAUCGACACGACAAAGCUCACUCCAGAGAACUCCAAGCUGAGCGAUUUGGAUGGCGACACAAGGGCAAUGGUGGAGAAGAUGAUGUUUGACAAUAGACAGAAGCAGAUGGGCUUACCAACGAGUGAUGAACAGAAGCAGCAGGAGAUACUGAAGAAGUUCCAGGCUCAGCAUCCCGAGAUGGACUUCAGUCAGGCUAAGAUCGGAGGCGGAGGAGCAGCAGGCGCCUUCGGAGGCUUCCCUUCCCAGUGA